AUGCUCCCAGCCAGUAUCGAGACACUCCUAUGCGCUAGCAUCCUUCUGGGGAUUAUAUGUCACUACCUCUGCACACGCAUCCUUCCUUCAUCGCGUUCUGUGCUCCCUCCUGGACCUCCACAACUGCCUUUACUCGGGAAUGUGCAUCAGAUAUCUCUGGAGUACCAACACAAAACGUUUGCGGAAUGGGCCAGGAAGUAUGGCGAUCUAAUAUGCAUACAUGCCUUCCACAGGCCUAUCCUCAUCGUCAGCUCUGCAAAUGUGGCGCGGGAGCUACUUGAGAAACGAGGAGGAAAGUACUCGGACAGGCCGUACUCCAUCCUCGCAAAUAAGCUCGUGUUCCCCAAACCCAUUCUGGGAUUCAUGCCCUACGAUGAAACAUGCCGCCGCCUCAGGAAAUACUUUCUAGGCGCUCUAGAGACGAAGUCCGCCGUUGAACAGUAUCGUCCAAUGCAGCGCGCAGAGAUUGGGAGACUCCUAUCGGAUCUUACACACAACCCCAAGGAGUUCUUGUCGCACAUCAGGAGGUAUAACGGUGCGCUGAUGAUGGAGAUCACGUAUGGGCUCCCUGUCUCUUCCGCAGACGACGAGUUCAUGGCAUUCGCCAAUGGAACGGUCUCCGCACUGAGCACUAUUGGCAGCGCUGCUUCCACACUAGUCGACUUCAUCCCCAUGCUGAGGCAUAUUCCAACGUGGAUGCCGGGAGCAGGCUUCAAGCGUCGUGCGCUUGAGGUCAAGGACAUGUGGGCGGAGAUGACGCGCAUACCAUUUGAGAAGGUGCGCAGCGCUAUGGCACUUGGUACAGCAAAGCCGUCCUUGACCACCUUUAUGCUCCAAGAGGCUUUGCGAGACAGCGCAUUGGCCGAGGAUGAUGAGUACAUUAUCAGCAAUGCAGCAUCCCAAAUGUACGGAGGUGGGCGUCCAAGCUUUACUCUGAAUGCACUGCUCACGUUCUUUCUGGCGAUGACGAUUCACCCGGAGAUCGUCAAGAAGGCGCAAGCGGAGCUUGAUCUCGUAGUUGGUAACAGUCGACUCCCAGAGCUCAGCGACCGAGAUUCACUGCCAUAUAUUGAUUGUAUCGUGAAGGAAGUGCUACGUUGGAACCCAGCCGCACCCCUAGGGCUCCCACAUCGUCUCCAGGAAGACGACACGUACGAGAGAUAUACCCUCCCAGCAGGCUCCAUGAUCGUCACGAACAUAUGGGCUAUGGGUCGAGACCCCAGUCUAUAUUCAGAGCCUGACGAAUUUCUUCCUGAGCGCUUCCAGGAGGUGGAUGCCGAGAAGGCUGCUUCUCAAGAUCCACGGAAGUACGUCUUCGGGUUCGGCAGACGUAUCUGCCCAGGCCGUUUCCUUGCUGACUCUAGUAUCUGGCUUCUGGCUGCAAACUUACUCGCCACCAUGGAUAUCCGGAGAGCUCGGGAUUCUGUGGGGCGUGAGGUCGUCCCAACACCAUCAUUCAAAAGCGGUCUCAUUAGGCGAGAACAUCUUGAGGUUGAGCCUUUUGAGUGUGAUAUACGACCACGCUCCGAACGGGCAAUGGAUCUCAUUACCGAGCGUUAUGCCGAAGUAUUUACUCAGGAUAACUGA